UAUUCACCAAAUCUAGUACUUUUAGUCUUUAUCCUUUUGGUUCCCUGUGGGAUAUAAAUAGGUUAUUUAAGCUUCAGGGCCUCUUGCCUGCAGGGGCCUGUAAAUAUUUACAUUGUUGAAUAGAUUUGUAAGGUUGGAAAAGUAAAAAAUUUUUGUAUUCUUGUUCUCAAGCUUCAGUCCUAACAAACCUGGAUUUGCCACUUUAUAAAGGGGGGUCUCCUGAAUUCAUAUAAAAAAUUCAUCAGAUUCUGUUAUAGCCAAUAGAGGUAACAAAAUAGGGCAUGGCUCCUUCCAACUUGGUCACAGUCAGGAUUGACCAAAGAAAUUGUAUUCUUUUCAUGCCCAGGUCCUCGGUCUGCUCAUGAUUAUAGGUUCAGGAACUAGAUUUUAAGCAGCUUGACCAAGGUGAUCAAGCACUGGAAGAUUAAUUCAUGCUAACCAAGCUCACAAAAGAUGAUUUAUAAAUCAGAAUAUUUAUUUCUUGGUAUACAAGAAGGAAUUCAUUCCUUAAUAUUGACUAUGGUUAUAAAUAUCUGCUGUUCCAGGACAUUCUCUUAAUUGGAUCAAAGUGUUCUAGAGACCAAAUAUGAUUGUAAAACGUUUAGUCUUCAUUUCUUUUAAUAAAGAUUUAUAUGAUCUCCACACCCAUCGAGGGGCUGGACUCAACGACCCACCUGAGAUCAAGAUCAAGUUGCGUGCUACCGAACUAAACCAGCCAGGCUCCCGUAGUCUUCAUGAUAUAAUAUGAAAAUAACUGAAUGCUUAAAGCCUCUCGUUGGAGGGGUAUGGCCUAAACCCCAACCUACUUGAUCAAGUAGGUUUCUUGUGUGACUCAAGCCUGUGCAUCAUUCUGACCUACCAGUCUUCCCUAGUCACGGAUCUAGCCUUAAGGCACGGUCUGUUCCUUGAUUCUAUCUCACCCCCAAGUGCACCCUAUUUGGCUGCCACACGGCCGUAUUGCACACAUUUCUUCUAGUUCCCGUGACGCCCUAGCCCUUGUUUCAUUCAUGGUCUUUCUCCCUCUUCCAUUAUCUCCUCAAAGUGUGUCCCUCGCUUUCAGUGCCCAGGCUGUCCUCCUCGAGGCCCCUCCUAACGUCACGUGUGUUGUCACCUACUUAUUUUCACCUUGCCUCACCUACUAAUCAUCACCUCCGAGGCUGUCACCCUCAUCACCUACCUGGCCCGGCCUGGCCCCACUGCUCCGACCGGAAAGGAAGCGUCGGAACCUUCCCGGGUGAGAGCACCCGGAGCCGGUCCCACUCACCGCCCCAGCAGGGAAGCUGUGAGGAACGCUUCAUCGCCCUCUGUGCCUGUCUCCCCCUUCUGUUUUCUCCCAAUCCCACAAAACCACCACCCCUUUUAUUCUCUCUGUGAGCACCGGAAUCGCCUCUUGCCCUCAGUUGCGAGGAGAGGUCUCCCGGCAAAAGCAGAAAGGUGCCUCUCUAUUUACGAAUUGAAGUGUAAGUGGAUGCUGGCGUCUGCGCUUCAGUGAACCGAACCCCGGCCAAGCCCCAGGUGAAGGGGCAGGGUGGUUGGCGCUGAGCCAAUCGUAGCUCGUAACGACAGGGCCCAGCCAAUCAGGACACGGGAGGCUUGGCGCACUCAGGGCGGGCCCGGGUGGGUGAGAACCCGCCCCCUUGCAGCUGGGUGGCCAAAGCCUUCGCCCAGGGCUUGUUGGAGCCACGCAGGUUCACAGACUCCAGGGACUGGGCACCCUGAGAGCUGGGAGACGGUGCCCUCCCACCCAACUAAUUUCUUUACGGGCCUCGGCCUUAACAGGCGUGUUGGUGCCUGCCGUGGACGCGUUCUGACCUGGGCUGGAGACCGUGCCUAUGGUUGGGCCAGAGUGAGGUCGUUGCCUUGACGACGGCAGCAUGCGGCCCGCGGUCCUCCUGCGUGUGAGCCUGUGGCAGGCCGAGGCCAAUCUGCCUCCCUGCCUGAUUCGCCCCGGACCUGUGACUGUGUCCACAGACGAAAUCAGACCAGCUUCGGAACUGCUAGUUUGCUAGUCAGCAUCUUUUAGACCUGCGAGCGAGAUGCAUUUCACCUCAAAUUUGUUUCCAAGUUGAAAACCUUUGGGUCUUUCCAUAUGAAAGGAUUUUAAAGAAACAAAGAAGAACUCCUACCAGUUUUGAAUUAAAAUGGAAAAAUAUGAGAACCUAGGAUUGGUUGGAGAAGGGAGCUAUGGAAUGGUGCUGAAGUGUAGGAAUAAAGAUAGUGGAAGAAUCGUGGCCAUCAAGAAGUUCUUAGAAAGUGAUGAUGACAAAAUGGUUAAAAAAAUUGCUAUGCGAGAAAUCAAGUUACUAAAGCAACUGAGGCAUGAAAAUCUGGUGAAUCUGUUGGAAGUGUGUAAGAAAAAAAAACGAUGGUACCUAGUCUUUGAAUUUGUUGACCAUACAAUUCUUGAUGACUUGGAACUCUUUCCCAAUGGACUAGACUACCAACUGGUUCAAAAAUAUUUGUUUCAGAUUAUUAAUGGAAUUGGAUUUUGUCACAGUCACAAUAUCAUACACAGAGAUAUAAAGCCAGAGAAUAUAUUAGUCUCCCAGUCUGGUGUUGUCAAGUUAUGUGAUUUUGGAUUUGCACGAACGUUGGCAGCCCCUGGGGAAGUUUAUACUGAUUAUGUGGCAACCCGAUGGUACAGAGCUCCAGAACUAUUGGUCGGUGAUGUCAAGUAUGGCAAGGCUGUUGACGUAUGGGCCAUUGGUUGUCUCGUAACUGAAAUGCUCAUGGGGGAACCCCUUUUUCCUGGAGAUUCUGACAUUGAUCAGCUAUAUCAUAUUAUGAUGUGUUUAGGUAAUCUAAUUCCACGACAUCAGGAGCUGUUCUAUAAAAAUCCUGUGUUUGCUGGAGUAAGGUUGCCAGAAAUCAAGGAAACAGAACCUCUUGAAAGACGCUAUCCCAAGCUCUCUGAAGUUGUGAUAGAUUUAGCAAAGAAAUGCUUACAUAUUGACCCAGACAAAAGACCCUUCUGUGCUGAGCUCCUCCAUCAUGAUUUCUUUCAUAUGGAUGGAUUUGCUGAGAGAUUUUCUCAGGAACUACAGUUAAAAGUACAGAAAGAUGCCAGAAAUAUUUCUUUAUCUAAAAAAUCCCAAAGCAGAAAGAAGGAAAAGGAAAAAGAUGAUCGCUUAGGUGAAGAGAGAAAAACGCUUGUGGUACAGGAUACCAAUGGUGAUCCCAAAAUUAAAGAUUCUAAAGUAUUUAAAAUAAAAGGAUCAAAAAUGGAUGGAGAAAAAGUUGAAAAAGUCAGUCGAGCUUCAAAUGCCAGCUGUCUCCCUGACAAUGGAAUGAGUCACAUCGGAACGGUGCCUUCUACAAGCCUCCGAGAUUGCAGCAAUAGUAGCAUGGGUCACACUAGAAAUCCAGGCGUGGCAAUCCCUCCACUCAUGCACAAUCUUUCUGCAGUGGCUCCCAGUAUUAAUUCUGGAAUGGUGACUAUCCCAGGAGUUCAGAGUUACAGAGUGGAUGAGAAAACCAAGAAGUAUUGUAUUCCAUUUGUAAAACCAAAUAAACAUUCUCCAUCAGGCAUUUAUAAUAUUAAUGUGACCACAUCAGUCACUAGUGAAAAGAGCCUACUUCAGGCAAGUAAGAAAAAAAGAGAAUACUCCAAGACAGAUGUCCGCUUGCCUGAACUAAACUAUAAUCAUCUCCCUGAACUAAGAGCCUUAGAAGGCAUAGCUCGAAAUUCCAGAUUAAUAAAGAAAGAGAACAAAAAUCUCUCAGAAUCUCGAAUUCCUUCCCUGGCCACUAUUGACUUGCACACGCCCAAUAUCGCAUUACAUCAGGUACCAGGAUCUCCCCUGUCAGAUGAUUCAGAGGCCGAUUUGCGUCGGAUGGAAUACCAGCACUGAGAGUCAUUUUGGUUCUGAACUGGAUGCUGCUGUCGCCCUUGAGAUGACAUCCUCUUGCAACAAACUGCUGAUAUCCUACGAAGAGAGAUUCAUGGUUUUGUCCUUUACUUCUGAACUGCCUACAUUUUCUGAGGAAGACCUUGCAGAAGAAAAAAGACAAAAACUUCCAAGUGUUUCCAAGGAAGAUUGAAUAAGUCCCUCCCUGACUGCCCUCCUGUCACCUUUCAAAUUCACUGUUGCUAUUUCAAGAUAUAUCCAAUGGAAGAAUAGUGAUAUGGUUCUUGUUACAUGAAUGUGUAUUUACUAUUAGUAGAUUGUGCAUUUAAAAUUACCCAAGACUUAAAAUGAGUUUAAAAAGGGAGAAAGAAACAUUAUAAUGGUCAUGUUAUAUGAACUUUCUGUGUUAUCUGUAUUAAUGUGUACAUUUAUUUAGGAAUGGGUUUAGUGGAGGUAGGUGAUUAAAAACUAGGAUCAGUAAGAGAAAAUGUUUCCUUUACGCUAAUUUAACUAUAAAUAUACAUUUAAAAAGCUUGCUUCUUUCUCAGCUUUAAGGAGAUGUAAUUGCUCUCUAUGGAUAGAUGUAUGUCUUUGGUUUCUGUGAUUAUUGUUGUUGUUUGAUCAUUGUAUUAUGGGAAUCUGGCCUCUGCUAUCUUCUAAGAACCACACUAAUGCAAAUUUCUCAAAGAAACCUUUUAUGUCUAAUCAUUUAGUAUGACUCUGACCUUAGAUAGUCCUCUGUAUUAUAAGAUUGUGGUGCCAGUGUUCCUGCGUGCCGGAACAGGAUUGAAAUAAGAAUGGUGAAGGAGAAUUUUGUAGGUAUACCUUCAAGUUGAGGACUGUGCUUGUCAUUGAGCAAGGAAGUAUAUACAUAUAAAAUUAGGAGAUGGGAAGCUGGCUUACCGACCUACUUGGACUGACUACUUUUCUCUUGACCAGUUAUUGUUGAACUCCCCCCGAAUAGGCUUUGGGAAGGAAAUGUCCACUGUUAACGGAUUUCAUUCCUGUCUACUGAUGGUUUGAGGGUGAUAGCAGACAGAACAGGGAGGUGUUGCUGUCUUCUUGUUUCCUCAAACACUUUGGCCUUCCCAAAAGUUCUUCAUUAAUGGGUAAAACUAUCUACUUAGAGUCCACACAUCUUUUCUCGUGCCCCAGUCCAUGACUUUCAGGUGGGAAGCUUAAGCCGGUUUGGCUCUAGGUUUUUGGUUUCUCGUUUGCUGGUCAUACUCUGCAUUUAUUGUUUUAGAGAAUGGUUGUUAAGGGGACCAGAAUUUGUGUGGGUUUUUUGCCUUAACCAGUUAACAAUGUGUUGUUUUUUUUCCAAAAGGCGCUGACUGGAAUUUAGCCCAAGAAUUUAACUAGCACUUUUCUGUAUUACUCUGUGGAGCUUAAUAUUGAAAUUCUGACUUUAGAUACGUGGUCCUCAAAAGAGCAGGACAUUCAGGAGGUGGCAAAUUGAGGGAUUCCAAUGUAGAAGUCUAUAGGUGGUUCAAUUAAAAUUCGGUCUUGAUUUUUAACCUCUGAACAGAUGUUUGACAGAUUUGUACGACUAACAUGCUAGGCAAAAUUAAUGUGUAGGCAUUAAUAUACUUCACAUUGAGAUAUAAUUUUAUUUUUACUUUAAAAAGUAUUGCCAACAGACUGUACAGGGUGUGAAGCAGACAAUGCUUAAAAGCCAAGUGUCUUUACAGCUUAUUUUGAUGUUAUUUUUAUCUAACUAUCAGUGUGAACAUAUCACCUCAAUGUCUGAGGAUCUAGGAUUAAUUACCUUUUCAUUUCUAUAUUUGCUUUUGGUAUCUUUUGCCUGUUAAAACAUUUUGUGAACUUUAGAAUUAAGGAACUAAAUAUAAUUUACUGUAAGUGCAAGUUGAGACUCGAGGGUCACAUCUGGUUAGAACCUUGCAGAACUAUCUGAAAAAGAAGAUUUUGCAAACUGAGGCUAUAGUUACCGAACCAAAAAUAAUUCUUUUAGUUUAAGAUUACUUUGCUCUCUUUACAAGGAUAUGAUUAAACCUAAUAGGAAAUAUAUGUAUGUCUUGGUGGGGGGAAAUGGGCUUGCUGUGUGGUUGUAUGUUUUACAGUUAAUAAAUAUUAUAUCUUACUGA